AUGAGCGGACACGGUGAUCCUCGACUGCUCUACACGAUUGGGGGCAUCCACGCCUACCACAUCCAGCAGGGCGAUGAGUCUUGUUUGACGCCCUCGGGACCGCAGACGCUUUCCCUGCUGAUGGUGCCGACAAACUCACCCUUUGCCGAUCUCAGCAACACGCGCCCCCAGAAUGAGAUGCCAGAAGAAGACUUCUACCUCCAUCUUAACCUCCCCCCAGAGCUCGACCUCCCGCUCCCCGCGACAACGCAGAUCUACCACCAGCCCCCGCACAGCUACCUCAUACCACGAUGGGACCUGGGCCCAGAGAGCGGCGCCUUCACGCGCAUCGAGUUCCCCGCACUUGGAAAGGGCCCUGGUUCCGUCACGCAGGAAGAUAUCGAUACCUUUGAGACCAUCUUGGCGCAGUGCACCUCGUUCAUGGAGCGCGCACAGGUGUCGCAGUCGAUCAAGGGCGAGAAAGGCGCUAUGCAGACGUACAACCCUCAGGACUACCAACCGGGACAGGUGUAUGCAGGAUCAAGCAAGCAUGGCGAGGUUGUGCUUAUCGACGAGGAGAACGGCAGUGUUGUGGGCGAGUUGGCUGGAGGAGCUCGUAUUCACGAGGAUGCCAGCCUGAAGCCUGGAUCCAAGAAUCCCGUCGAGAUUACCGUCUCAGCAGAUGGCAAGCGCAUCGACGUCAAGCCAUGCUCAGACGACUACCUUGCCCUGUCCCGCCAUCCCGCGUACAAGGACUCCACCCUGGUACAGAACUCGGCUGCUGCCUCCCGCCUAAUCGUCACCGGCUCCAGCUACAUCAGCAACAUGAUGGUCUCCGGCGCUGAGUCGUUUAUGCAAAAGACGAAGCCGAACGAGAAGCCGAUGGUCUUCCAGCCCGCGACACACGACCGCGUCCGCAAGAUCAACACCUUCACAACCGGCGUAGCUGGAUACUCUGCCAAAACGGUCGGCCAGAUCUCAAAGUACGCGCAAAACGCCGCAGCCGGUAUGGCAGGCCAUAAGAAGACCCAGCACAAGAGCUUGAAUGCCGACGGCACCCACAACCAAAACUACAAGCCCGGCCUGCUGAACAAGUCUUUGAUAGCAUUCUCGACUAUCGCAGAUGGCAUCGCCAGCUCAGGCAAAAAUGUAUUGACAUCUGGCGGUGCAGCGGCAAGCGCAGCUGUAGGACACAAGUACGGUGCCGAAGCUGGAAGCAUCACUACCAACCUCGCUGGCGGUGUCAAGAACGUAGGUCUCGUUUAUAUCGAUGUGACGGGUGUCAGUAGACGCGCCAUUCUCAAGUCUGUCGCCAAGGGCAUGGUCGUCGGCACAGUCAAAGACAAGCGGGGUCACGAACAGACGGUCAUCGUAGGUGGUGGUGACGGCGGUGCAGUCACACCUGGCGACUUGAAUCCACAGAUGGGUGUUCAGAAUAACAAUCUCCCUCCCAACAUGUCGAGCCAAGGUCCAGCUGGCCAGAUCGGAUUCGGCGGGCCGCCACCUACUUAUCGAACGGGAGUCGGUGAGUCGCUUGAUGGUCAGCCGGCCUACUACCCACCAGACACGAAGCGGUGA